GCUGCUGUGCCGUGGGGGAGAUCGACGACGCAACCGGCGGUGACCGGCAGCGGAAGCCUCUCUGACAGCUGAUAGCGGGAUGACAGCUCGAUGACGCCUGGCGACGCACCAGUCUGAUCCGUUCUACUCCGAAUUUUGCAGGCCGAACCCCGAGCAGAGAUGCAAGGCAUCUGCGAGAACAUUCGCACGGCGAUCGAACACGGACGCACUGACAUUAUUAGGUCGCUUCUGGAUGCGUGUGAGAACGGUAACGCCACAGAGGGCAUCACGAGAGACAAGAUACUGAACGAACCAGUCUUGGAGGAAGGCACUUUCCUAUCGUAUGCUUCGAAGACCAAUCAAGCAGACAUUGUGAGAACUCUCUUGAAUUGCGGCGCUGAUCCAGCUGUGCAAAAUGCAAACGGACAUAAUGCAGUAGACGUUGCCUCAAGCGAGACAAUACGCCGUAUUUACAUAGAGGAAAUGUUGAGGGCAACAGCUGCUUCUGAAAUAGACAGAGUGGUACAGUUGCUAGACGCAGGAUUAGACGUUAAUUCGUGGGACUCGCAGGGUAGUAAAAACACGCCGCUGCACUGGGCGGCAUGUUAUGGGAACAAAGACAUUGUCGCGUGUUUACUUGAUAAAGGAGCCGACGUAAACGCCGAGAAUGGUUGCGGUGCAACGCCACUACAUGACGCAGUGAGUCGUGGCGAUAUCGCUAUCUGUCAGGAAUUGUUGCAGGCUGGCGCAAAUCCUCUUGUACGGGCUACCAAAGGAACAUUUGCAGGAAAAACGCCAUAUGAUCUGUCCAGAAAGAAACAAUCUCUACACAGUUUCCUUCAAAGAUUCAUAUCGAAUUUCAUGCUGAACGAAAACGAGACGAUACACAGUGCCACUAUGUCGUAUCCAGAUACAACAAACUAUUGCCAGAAGGGUAGUCUCACGUGCAAUAUGAGCCAACUGUCGGUCGAAUCUAACAAAUCUUCGGAUCCGACGUACGAUGUACCUUCGCGUGACGCGGGCAAAGAGAGUCCUAGCAAAUCUAUUGCUGAUAAAGGGAGUAUGUACAAUUUGCUGUGGCCACAGCCGAAAGUUGUCAACGAACUGAAAAAUUUUACGACUCCGUUUAUCGCUGGAAAAGAGCUUUUUAUAUCAAUAAUACAGGGCAGUGAAUCUGUACAUAAAAUACUAGAUGUUUGGGAGAUCAGCAGAACUCAUCUGCUGGAAUUAGGUCACGACGUAAAGAUCGGCGAGGUGCAACCCAGUUGCGGCAAGCCGCUCAACGAUAAUGCGAUUGAAUGCAUCGUAAAUAGAAAUUUAUUCAAUAUUGCGGACAGUUAUCAAUUGCAUAUUACGCAUAAUUCCAUCAAAGUGAGCGCCGGAAGUCUAGCGGGACUGCAUUACGCAGUCUGCACGUUUGUGCAGAUUCUGCGUCUGAGCAAGAAUCAAAGUAGAUCGGAACUAUGCGAGAUAGAACCUGUUUUCAUCAAGGAUGAACCGAGAUUUGCGCAUCGCGGUAUACUACUAGACAUUUCACCCAGAGGACGCGUACCGACCCUGGAAUAUCUUUUACACAUCAUCGAUUUACUCUCAUCGUUUAAGAUUUCGCAUUUGCACCUCUACUCUAGACUCGUACAAAAUUGCGAUUGGCAACUUUGUUAUUCCAAGUCCGAGAUGGUGACCCUAGACAGAUAUUGCAGAGAUCGCCAUUUAGAUAUAGUACCAACGUUGGACGUCGAUUCUAAUGUCACUCAACAUCACCUGACGCAAAUGUGGCCUAUUUUUCAAGACUUGCUCGCAGUAUUUCCUAGCUUAAAUUAUGUUCAUGUGGGCCCACGAUUAACGACUUUAUUAGUGCAAGCUGACAGCUUCGAUUUGAGCGUAUCCGUCAACGAUACGCUCGAAACGGACAUGUCGGAAGUAUUUAAAUCCUAUACGUGCCUUCAAGAACUCUGGCACAUUCUCAAUUUGAGUUCGAGUACGACUCUGCUUUUAUGUUCCAAUAGUUUGCACUCCAAAUCCGAGUUUCACAAUAUUCCUACUAACAUUGUGCUUGUUGAAUAUGGAUUUCAAGCUGAUUAUGAUUUUUCCGAGUGGACAGAGCCAUUCAGAUUGGCGGGCGGUAAUGUUUUACCAAGCUCUGGCACAGCUAGUUACAAUAGUUUGGCGGGAUGUCCAGCGUCAACGUAUGCUAACACGAGAAAUGCAAUAAAAACCUCUUUGGAACAGAACUCAAUCGGUAUUGUUGUCGCACAUUGGUCGGGCAGUCAUCAUCUCACACCGCAUCCUUUUGCGUGGAUCGGCUAUUUGGUAGCAGCAGGUUUAGCAUGGAAUCCAACAACAGAAAUAGAUUUAGGACCUGAUGAUAAUUACGACAUUCCUGAGUUGUCUGCAUCAAUUAGAGAAAGAUUUAUUACGAAAUUGUUGGACAUACACGUAUUUCAAGAUUCAGAGUAUAAAAUCGGCAAUGCGAUACUGGAGUUGGGACGUUUAGAUACGUUAGUAUUAACGUUGAGUAAAAAUCAAGCGGUUAAAGACUUGCAGCAAAUACCGGAUAACCGCGGUUCUACAUUAUAUAGACUACUAACUGAUCCAGACAAUGUGAAUUUGGAAUAUCUCUCAGCCGAUCUGUUCGCUAAAAUGACGAAGCAGAUUAAACGAAUAUCCCAUUCCUUGUACGAGGCGAACUUAACUUCAAAAUUCGCGUCUAUGGAGAUACAGGAGUUGCAGUUGACAUCCGAUCUGAUGCUGACAGCUUGUAAAAUCGGCAGAACAUUGAUUGGAGUCGGUGUGAAUCCGAAUAGCAAUAUGGGACUCGCGGUCAUCAAUUUAGGAGUGUGUAAUCUGCCGCCCACUUUCAGGACUGAUAUAGCGAACAAGAUGUUGGCUCAUAUAGAGCAGUAUAAAGGUUCCUGGCUACAGAGACAUUUUCCGCAGGGUCUCCAGGACUCCCUGCUAGUUUUGACUAGCGCGCUGCAUAGGUUUGUGCCGGAGACAUAAUUGUUUUUCUUUUUCAAUCAUACAAGACUUUGUUCUUAAUGAGCGAUCUACAAAAAGCAAAUGUCUAAAAGACUUUUACAGGGCAUCUCUUGAACUUUUGCGUUGUUCGGGAUUUUAGUCGAUAAAAGAACUGCUACGUGCAAAUGUAUGUGACAAAUAAAACAAAUAACACAUGCAGGAUUCCAAGGGUAUAUUCGAAGAAAAACUAUCGAAAGCAAUAUGUACUUUUAGCCUGAUAUAUUAUCAUUCUGAUUACUACUAUACGUUUACUAUGCUGUAUUGCUUCUUGAUAUCCGUAAAUUUACAAAAAUGCUUUUGAAAAACAUUUUAUCAAGGAAAUAUAUAAUUUUAUAUUAAGAAUUAUAUAUAAAAAGAAUCGAUUAUAUAAAUAGAAUGUUUUAUUAAAUACAAAAAAAUUUAUUAAUUACAUUUGUUGCUUUAUUAAUUGCAUAAUAAUUCUGUGAGAGUCACGGCUGACAUAAUUAACAGCAAGUGAUCUUUGAGAAUAUCUUAUUUAUUUUUAUAUGGACGUAUGGUGCAAAUGCAAGUAAAAAAAUUCUCUUUUGCACUAAAGUAACAUAUUUUUUUAUAAUAUUAAUAGAUUAAUAUAAAUAUAAUACAAUAUCUUAUAAGUUAAUAGAUAUAUAUAUAUAAUAAUUAUACAUAUAAUUCAUACAUAAUAAAUUAUAUCAAUCUAUUAUAAUGAUUAAUUAUUACAAAAACUAACACUAUAUAGUAUGUAUGUAGCUUUUCAUAUAUACAGUUAUUCCGUAUAUACAUAUCAACGUUAUUUAGUGAUUUUUCAAGUGAUUUUUUAAAGCAACGAAUUAUACAAAAUUUUUAUUUAAAUGUUUUUAUCUUUAAAUAUUGUAAACAUUUUUUUUGUUUUACAUCACGUUUACUUUCUUACAUAAUAACUUUGUAUUUAUUAUUUAUAUAUAUUAAUUCAAAACUUUAAUUUCAUAUAGAAAAAUAUUAGUUGAAUUAUUCAAGUAUUUAUUAUUUUUAUUUGCAAAUUUGCUAAUAAAUUCGAGAAAAUCCUUGUCAAUUAAAGUUACAAAAAAAUUAUUUUUAAGAAAAGGUAAUUUUAACUUUUUACUCUUAUUGAGUACA